CCCAGAGUCUUGACUGACAUAUAGAGCACUAGAGAGGAUAAGUGUGUUGUUCUGUCUGCUUGGGAAAUUCAUGGAGCUUUAAAUUUGUCACCGGGACACAGGUCCACCCAGGGGGGUCAGUGAGGUUUUCUGUCUUCAUGAGCUCCAGAUGAGAAUAGGCUGAGCAGAGGUUCUGUGAACUGCCCUGAAAUUAAUUUUGCAGGUGCAUGGUUCUCAUUGCUAUUGAAGACAUUUUGUCUUAGCCGUGAACUUGCCCUGCAAUAUAGGAAUAAUGACCGUUGCCAAUGCCAAGUCUGGCACAGCCAUGCAGCAGGUGCUGGAUAACCUCAAGGAGCUGCCGCCUUCAACAGGAGCCAAAGACAUCGACCUCAUCUUCCUCCGUGGCAUUAUGGAGAGUCCCAUAGUUCGUUCCCUUGCUAAGGCUCACGAGCGAUUGGAGGAUGUUAAGCUGGAGGCGGUGCAAAGUAAUAACGUGGAGCUAGUGAGUGAGAUCCUGUCUGAUAUGAGCAGUCUGACCACUCAUGAUGAAAGUGCAGCAGAACUCUGUAAGAUCCUGAAGGAACCGCACUUCCAGUCCCUGUUAGAAGCUCACGACAAGGUGGCCUCUAAGUCAUAUGAAGCUCCUCCCACCAGCACCAAUUCCACCAGCAUGGCCAGCUCAUCCCUCAUGCCGGCUGACACGGUUCGCAUGAUCAGCAUCCAGAAGAAGGCCGGAGAGCCUCUGGGUGUAACAUUCCGGGUGGAGGAUGGCGACCUUGUCAUUGCGCGUGUUAUGCACGGCAGCAUGAUUGACAGGCAAGGAAUGCUACAUGCAGGUGAUGUGAUCCGAGAGGUGAACAGCCGAGAGGUGGGCAAAGACCCCAUGGCAUUACAGCACAUGCUGAGGGACUGCAAUGGAAGCAUCACACUCAAAAUCCUGCCCAGCUACAGGGACGCACCUCCCCCCGCACAGGUGUAUCUGAAGCCACAUUUCAACUACAAUCCUGACACCGAUAAUCUGAUCCCUUGUAAAGAGGCGGGUUUGGCUUUCUCUAAAGGAGACAUUCUGCAUAUAGUGAACAAGGAGGACCCCAACUGGUGGCAAGCAUGUGACGUAAAUGGAGGCCGCACUGGCUUGAUCCCCAGUCAGUUUCUUGAGGAAAAGAGGAAGGCAUUUGUAAGGAGAGACCUGGAUGGAUCAGGAAUCCUCUGUGGGACAUUAACUGGAAAAAGGAAGAAAAAGAAAAUGAUGUACUUGACAGCGAAAAAUGCAGAAUUUGACCGCCAUGAAUUGCAGAUCUAUGAGGAAGUAGCAAAGAUGCCUCCAUUCCAGAGAAAAACUCUUGUGCUGAUUGGUGCACAAGGAGUGGGUCGCCGAAGCCUCAAGAACCGCCUGAUUGUGUUAAACCCGCUGCAAUAUGGAACUACUGUACCUUUCACUUCUCGGCAUCCACGCGAUGACGAAAAGGACGGCCAGUCAUACUGCUUUGUGUCCCGGGAGGAGAUGGAGACGGACAUCAAGACAAGUCGCUACCUUGAGCAUGGAGAAUAUGACGGCAAUCUAUAUGGAACCAAAAUCGACUCUAUCCAUGAAGUCGUUCGCACAGGACGGACUUGCAUACUGGACGUCAACCCACAGGCGCUAAAGGUACUGAAGACAUCAGAGUUUAUGCCAUUCGUGGUUUUCAUCGCUGCCCCAGAGCUCGACACACUACGGGCCAUGCACAAAGCUGUGGUGGAUGCUGGGAUCACAACCAAGCUACUGACGGAAACGGACCUAAAGAAAACCGUGGACGAAAGCGCCAGGAUCAAGAGGGCAUACAAUCACUACUUUGAUCUGACUAUAGUUAAUGACAAUCUGGACAAGGCCUUUGAGAAACUGCAGGCAGCUGUGGAGCAGCUGACCACACAACCACAGUGGGUCCCUGUGAACUGGGUUUACUGAGACGUACAGCGGUCCAGACACCCUGUCAUCAUCAUCGGCGGCACAACCGAUACGUCAGCAGCACAGAACACACAUUCACACUGAACGGACCCAGCAGUCACUAUGCAAAUGUACACUAGCCAUCCAGUCAUGACAUACACAAGGGAAGUGUACUUAUUUAUUAACAUUUUUUUUAUUUUCUACUGACUAAACUUAAAGUGCCCCUAUUAUGGGUUAUGAAAGGUUCAUAUUUUGGUUUUGUGAGUCCUCAACAACAGGUUGACAAGGUCAAAAAACACUUUCAUUUUCUUAUAAUAUGCCUUUAUUUUUACUUUAUUUGCUCAACAAUUCAUUUUUCAAAACCCCUCCUUUGCGUGACGCUAAUCUGUGGUGAUUGGUCGAUUUCAUUUUCAUUUAAAGCAGCGUUUGUGAGCGCAGUGCUGCUUUGUGUACAGCCAUUAAUGGGGAAACAGCUAUUUUUAACGCUCAAAGCGGCACCUAGUGGCAAAGAAUUAAUUAGCAUUUUCAUUCAGACCAAUGUGAAAAUCAAGUUUCCCCAGGUCUGCACAUGCAACAAGUGGGCGGGCAAUAUGCUAAUGUUUCAUGUUGACCUCAACCCGAAACGACUUGGGAUUUGUUUUAAAAACAACUCAUUUCAAUGAUUCAGAGUCGACUCUUUUGAGAGACAAUAACUUUAUACACAGUGCACUUUCAGAUUUAAAACUUUGCAGGAUGUUUUCAUUCACUUAGAGCUGUUACACACUGCAUGAAAGGUAAUUUUCAAAAAUCCAUAAUAGGGGCACUUUAAAUACUUGGAGGGAAAAAACAAAUAGGAUUUUUUUUUUUUUAAUGGUUUGUCAUUUAAAAUAGUGAUUUAAUAAUUUUCCAAAUAAGUAUAAGCUGCAUUACAGUAUUUAAAGCAGGGGUCUGUUUUCUUGCUGUAAUUUUAUUGUUUCAAAUGGUGGUUUACAGUUCAGGAUUCAUCUCGCAUUUCUUCAUCUGUCAUACAGUUCAGUCACUACAGUAUGUCAAGCAGCUUUAGUUUAUCCAGCUUUGAACUUAAGAUCUUUAGAAGUGUCAUCCUGUUAUCCUUUUUCAGUUAAAUUCAAGGAACGCAAGGAGUAAGCCAAAUUUAACUUUUACGAUAUCACAAUAGCACUUUAUUUUACAGUCCUGUUAUGUAUGUAGUAUAAUAACUAGGUACUAAUCAUGAACCUAACCUUAUAGCCCAGAGUACACUUCAGUUUUGACGCGAACGCUUAAAGGGGUCGUUCACUUAAAAACUGGUCAUUUACUCACCCUCGUGUAGUUUCAAACCUGUCUGAAUUUCUUUCCACUUUUGAACAUAAAAAUAUAUUUUGAAGAAUGUGGGUAACCAAACAGUUGUAUGGUUACCCACAUAGUAUGGAAAAAAUACUAUGAAAGUCAAAGGGGACCAGAAACCAUUUGGUUGCCCACAUUCUUCGAAAUAUCAUCUUUUGUGUUCAGCAGAAGAAAGAAAUGCAUUCAGGUUUGGAAAAAAUAUAGGGUGAGUGAAUGAUGACAUAAUUUUAACUUUUGUGAACUCCUGCUUCAUUGCUCCAUCCCAUCCAUCCCCCUCUACUGAAAUGAUGGGCCAGUUCAAUGUUGCCACCUUGUGGACAGACAAACAAAUUGGUGUGAAAAAGCUUGUCAGACAGAUACUGUGCCUGAAAUGGAACGCUUCCCUACUACAUAGUAUGCAAAAAAAAAAAAAAAACGUAUACAAACACCAGUGUUAUGUUCAAAUUCAUAGUAUUCGAUAAACAGUAGGUGAAAAAGUACUUGGUUGACCUACAGCUUUCAUAAGGAUUCUGAAGUGUGCAUUCGAUGGACACUUUACUAUCCUGUGAGGCCAUGGUAGAGAUUUAUGAAGGGCAGUAAAGCAAUGCAACAGACACCAGUAGGUCACAUGACAUGGUGGAUGUGUGUUCCAAUUUCAUUCAUACUACCCAUACUCAUACUAUAUAGAACAUACUUUUGAAUUGGAAUUUAUUUUGCAAAAAAAUGUAAUGCCUAUUACGGUGAUUUCAGACACACUGAGAGUUUGUAUGAGAUCUCUGCAAAAUGAAAGUGAACAUUUUCAAACUGGUGGAUGUUUCUAAAUAAUGCAAUGAAAAUGAUUGGCCCCACCCACUUGUCUGGUAACCCAUCACUGUCCUGCAGAGACCUAUAUUUGGACACAGUACAUGCAAACUAUGCUGAUGACGAAAUUUACAUCACAUGCACUGUGUAAAAAUCUAUACUUCAGUUUUAUAUUUCAGCUAAUGCAUAGAGCAGAAUGCAAAGCCUUUCAAAUAUUAUCCAUUUGAAUAGUGUCACGCACACUAUAAAGUUUCAUUCUUGUCCAGCAUCUGCACCAAUUCUAAUAAAAAUGUCUUUUGUACUCUUUUAAAUUAGUUGCAUUUGUCUCUUAACCACUUCACACAAAUGCUUGUCAAUGCAAGUGUUUUUUGUUGCGGUCUUCAGUAAUUCAUCUCUUUUUCGACUGUGAAACAACAUUCCAGGCCACUAAUUAGUGCAAAAAAAAAUUCAAGGCACAUGUGGGAGCUGAGCGUAAAAGUACUGCAAACAUACUUGCAGUACAAUGAAGUAUACUCUGGGCUUAAGGGCCGGUUCACACAGAACAAGUUUUUGUGUUCCAUUGCAUCGUUGUUUUUCAUGCGUCUCGCUAUGUUUCAGUGUCUUAUCUUGUGCAAGUUGAAAAUGCAUAACCUUGGCUGAUUUUUUUCCAUUCAUCGGUGUUGCACCUCUACAUCUGGAUAUUUUUGUGCGGCACCUGUAGUUUUUAAAAGCAGAAGCCUGUUCUGUGUGAACAGCCCCUAAACCUAACCUUAACUCAAGUCCAAGUUACCUUACAUUAUAUUACCUUAUAUUAAGUGCAUGUACUAUAAAAUAAAGUGCAUCCAAUAUCAUUGUUUUAGUUUUGUCGUUGCAGAAUUAUGAGCUAAAGUGUUGCUUGAAUGUCCUAGUAAACAGAAUCAGCACUGUAUUUAGCUAAAUGCCUUUUACACAGGCACAAAAUCACAUUCAAACGUGGAAUAUAGACCAAGUGUGUCAUGAUCACAACCUACCUGGCCUCACAGAUUCAUAACCUGUUAUCUAGCUGUAUGUAGUGAUGUAUAUCUGUCUCUGGUGUCUUGCUCCAGUGUCUUUUUCAAGGCUUUCUAACUGAUUUUUAUCCAGCUUGCGUAUUCACUUGAAAAUUCUAUAUUUUGCGAUACAGAGUUGUAUUUUCUGAAAAUAAAAAGCGGUCUAAUAAAUUAAUCUUAAUUUUGGA